GUUGUCAUUAUAUCUUUCAACUUUAACCUCUAUAGUAGUUGUCGAAAUGAAACAGAAACCUAAAUAUAGUGAUGCGACUGAAUGCAAAAUGUAAUGUAGUCGAAAAUGUUGGCAUCGAAGCCGCUCCUUCAUUCCGUAUUCCCACUCCCUGUAUUUACUCACUUUGUCAUUUCAUUUGAGAACAACUUAAGUAAAUGUCGGGUUUUUCGAGGAGAGUUGCUUGAAGAUUUAAAUUGUGGAAAAACAUGGUACAGUACACAUUUUUCCAAGUUACAGGGUUUUUCCUGUAUCCUUUGAAGCAUACCUAUUUGGUUUUAUUUAAUACUGCAGCUCUUGCAAAGUGCAAGACACAUUGCUAUAAGUUCUACACCUCCUGUUCUGUGGUGCCAAGAGAGAAUACAUCUUUAUUACACAAUUUGAUUUCAAUGGGUGUUGAUAUCCAGAAGGUUCGAAAAAGACAACCUGGAGUCUUGCGAAAGCAAAUUACAAAUGAAAAAGGUGUUGCCAAGUUUCUGCAGAAUAAAGGAGCUAGCAAACAAACCAUUGCAAACAUUAUUUCUAGGUACCCACGUGCUGUCACACGUAAUUUUGAUCAUUUGGAAGAAAGGUGGCGUUUAUGGAGAAACAUUUUCAACUCUGAUUUAGAUAUUGUUAAAGUAAUUGACAGAUCUCCAGAAUCAUUCUUCCGCUCAAGUGAUAAUAAGAAUCUUGAGGAAAAUAUAAAUUUUCUCAGCUCCUUGGACUUUACCUCAAAAGACCUUCUUCGACUGUUUACUACGGCACCAAGGACUUUUUCAAACAGCUGUGAGCUUAACAAACAAAUGGUAAAAUUUCUACAAGACGUGUGCUUUUCUUUAGGUGGUGAUAGACCUGAUGAUUUUGUAAAAAAUAUCAUCACUAGAAAUAUUUACGUAUUUAUCAAAAGCACAAAACGGGUUAAAGCAAACAUUGAAUUUGUACAGACAGCACUGAAUCUGACAGAUGAAGAAAUGCUUGUUUUUCUUCAAGGCCCUGGUGUUGAUAUUUUGGCUCUGUCUAAUGAAUAUCUUAAAAUGAAUUUUAAAAAUGCUGAACACAAACUUCUUUCCCUGGGUUGCAGCCAGCUGGAUGUUAAGAAUUUCAUUAUUAAUUAUGUGUCAGUAUUGUGUACUGCUCCAAGUAAUCUGACCAGUAAAAUUGAUUAUCUGUUACAAGAAGGUAUUCAUCUUGAACAAAUUGUUGCAAAGCCUGGGGUGCUAGGAUGUAGCCUAGAAACUCUAAAAAGAAGGUUUGGGGUUCUUAGAAGUAUUAAAUACAACUUUAACAAAUAUGGCAUUAGUAUUUUGUACUGUAGCAGUAAAAGAUUUGCAACAAAAGUGGAAAAGUUGUGUUUUGUAGCUAAGGAAUGAUUCAGAGGGCGUGGGUAUAACAUUUUAUUGGCUUUUGCCGAGGUAUUUAAAAUGGGUUUGUACACAUUUUUGUGGCACUGUAGCAUCAACUACAGAGUAUGACAGCAGUGUAUAGAUGUGUGUAUGUCAAUGCAAUGCCCUUUCCCAAAGUAUCCUGUGUCAUCUUUGCCAUAUAGAUGUAAAAAGUCUGACAGUGCAGAGGAUUAAUUUCAGCCUCUGUUUGUGAUUCUGAGCAAGUUACUUAACUACAGUAAUAGUGCUGUUGGGCUGAACCUGAUAGAAAUCUUUGUAGAUCAAUGCUGUAACGUGUUUAACAAAUAUAAGUAUGUACUAUUUACAGAUUGCCAAUACUCUGGAUCCUUUUACCAAGUAACAAGUAACAUUGCAUUUAUUAAUGUUCAUAUCGUAAUUUAAUAGAUGCUUUCAUCCAGUACUGACUAGUUAUGUAUUAAAGGGUAAAUUCACUGUAGGCUGUGUUCCUUUGGUGACCCUUGCAGCCAUGUAGUUUUCAUAGUAAACUUAGCCAUUAAAGCAACAAGUUUUGUGCUCCUUUGAAA